AUGUCUCAAUAUGAACUAUAUGCUGAGGCUGGCCCAUCAUCCCAGGUUUCGUUCUCCCAAGCGGGAAACCCUCCACCUUCUUCAGUCUAUAGUAUUGGUAUCCUUGACGAGCCCCUUACGCCAGAUCAUUCAAUUAGCCAGCAGCCGAUCUACAGCGGGCCCGAAUCUUCAAUCAUCCAAACAGAGCCUAAUCCGAUUCCUCUAACCCUCCGUCGUAUCGGUCCUAAACAUCAAAAGUUCUGGGUUCUUUGGACUUCAAUGAAUAAAGCCGACUUUAUUGAGUGGUGGCGUCAUACAGCAGGUGCACAACCAUACCCUCCGCUACGCAAAGUGAACUUUGAUGCAAGGUAUACCUCUACCGCUUGGGAGCACUUUGAUCAAGUAGCCCACUUCCAAACUGGGAAACCAAUGGCACUCUGUCGGAGAUGUGGAAAAGCAAUUUUACACCCAUCCUCAUCAGCAAAUGGUUCGAAGUCACUCGCUGCGCAUUUAUCUAGUCGCACAUGUAUAGCUGCAUCAAAAAAGGGGUCUAUACAACAGGAUAUACAGCAAUCGCUCGAACUUGCGACCACUCGCCCAACUACCCGCAAGGUCUUUGACCAAGAGCGAUUCGAAAGAGCUCAAGUCAAAUUCAUAGCGAACUCACGUCUUCCAUUCGAGGUCCUCCGGCAUAAAGAAUUCGAAGAUCUUAUUACAGAGGCUCAGCUUUCUCAACAGAAGCUUACCCUUCUAUCACCAAAGACCGCGCGGCACACGAGCAUCAGGGAGAAAACGUAA